AUGCCUUCCAGGAAUCCGUCUGCGCUGAAGGCUUUGCAAGCGACCGGUACAGUCGUCAUUGCUGAUACGGCCGACUUUCAGCAAAUUGCCCGAUUCAAUCCUUCCGAGGGCACGACCAAUCCUUCCCUGCUCUACUUGGCCGCCCAGCAGCCGGCAUAUUCCAGGCUCCUCGACCGGACCAUCAAGUAUGCCAGAACAUUGUCGGCAUCGGAAGCUGAGAGACUCGAACGCGCAGUCGAAUAUCUCGCUGUGCAAUUUGGUAGUGAGAUACACAAACUGACCGGGCGCGUCUCCACGGAGGUCGAUGUCAGCCAUUCUUUCGACACUUUAAAGACAGUCGAGGCGGCCUUACGAGUGAUCGAGCUCUAUGCCGCUGAGGGUAUACCGAAGGAGUCGGUGCGAAUCAAGAUCAGCGCGACCUGGGAAGGCGUUCAAGCUGCGCGUAUACUCGAACAAGAGCAUGGCAUCAGUGUUCUUGUCACAAUCGUCUUCGGAAUGGUUCAAGCCAUCACCGCCGCCGAGGCUGGUGUGACUUGCAUUGCCCCUUACAUUGGCCGAAUCAGUGACUGGCACAAAGCACAUGGUCACCACAGUCCAGACGACAUGGGCGUCAAGAGCGUUCAAGACAUGCAGAAUUAUCUUAGGAAAUAUGGUCACAGAACCCAAUUGAUGGGGGCCAGCUUUCGAACCCCGGAUCAGGUCAAGAAUCUUGCCGGCGCAGAUCUCUUGACCAUUGCCCCGGCAAUUCUCGCCCAGCUCGACAAGAGCAACGACGACGUUGUGCCCCGACUUACUGCAGCGUCUGCGCAACAGGCAAUCAUGCCACAAGAGACAUACAUCAACGAUGAAUCCAAGUUUCGGUGGGCGUUCAAUGGUGACGCAUGUGCGGUGGAAAAGUCGGCCGAGGCAAUGCGCAGAUUUUCUGAAGACACAUUUGCGCUCAAAAAGUUAUUGUCAGCGUUGUUGUGA